AUGCAGAACAACGAGGUCAACACCAUGGAGGCCAACAAAGAGGUCAGCGACGAGCCCACCAUCAAUGCGAAGAACGAGGCCAUCCAGAAGACCAUCUUCCUAACACGAGAAAGCAAGGGCAGAGCCCCCGAGCCCGCCACCGCCAAACCCGCCAGCAAGCCCAUCAACGAGACCAAGUCCCCCGAAGACCUCACCGUCGAAGGCCACGCAGCCUACUAUGCCUCCACCAAGCCCCCUGGUCGCAAAUUCCCUGCUUCAAUGGCAGACGAUAUGCUCAUGGACAUGUUCGUCGACCCAGACGCAGCACCUCUCUCUCUUCCCGCCCCUGAGGUCCCCGAGGAGCCUCCCAAGAAGAAACGCCGUCCUGCCAAGAGAAGAAGAUAG